CAGCCAGGCCAGUGGGGUGGGGGCUGGGUGGUCCUGGCAGAGUCAGCCACUCCCCACCCAACCCCCACUGCCUGGGGAGAGGUGGGGGGAUGGCUGAGGGGACUUCCCUGGCCCCUCUCCCCUUUUUUCCUGACCCUGUGGAAGCUGCAGACCCCAACCCCCCGGGAGAGGUGGUAGGGCUAAAAGCACACCCAGGGACCCUCCUGGGAGCUGGGAGAGGCCACGGGGGCAGCUCCAGAGGGUCUGCCCAUGGGAACUGCUCUAACCACCUCAGAACCCCACGGGGCCACUUGGAAGGAGGCGCUGGCCCCAUGGCCCCCUCCUGAAGAGGAAGUGUGGUUGGAGGGGGGAUCUGGGAGGAACUGGCCCCCACCCCACUCCCGCCACGCGGCCUGGCGCAGAGGGGAAUUACUCUUCCGUUACUUUACAGCCACAAGGCCCCCAUCUCCUGGCUGUGACGUGGCCGGAAGGCCCGGAUGCUGGGGGCCCUGCCUCAGCCCUGCAGCUGCCCCCAGGCCUUGCGGGUUCUCGGCCCAGGAAGGACGGACGGGGCCUGCACCAGACACCGCGUCACAGCCACCUAUGAAGAGCCAGGCAGGGAACCGAGCGGGAGAGAACUUGCCGUCCACGAGGCCAGAGAGGGAAACCCUCGCCCACGGCGCCAUGACCAGCGAGGCCGGGGCUGUCACCAAGGCCCCAGGGCUGAGCUGGGCAGGACCAGAGGUGAUGGGCAGACACCCCUGAAGCCCCCUCCUCAGCCAGUGGGGAUUGAACGCCCACCAUGCACCUGUGGACGCCUCCUGACCCUUCCAGGCCCCGAGCAGCCGACGCCUCAGCCUGGGGGCAAACCUGAACGUGGCUGAUGUGGCAUCUCCAGCCCGACGUCCUGGUGGUUGCGGAGACGAUGAAAAUCCUUGUGGGCUCUGCUCUCUGCUCCUAGAGGCCACCCCAUCCCCUCGCCCUCACCAGGCCCCAAGUCCCCCCGGCUGCACCUUGAACAACGUGGUUCAAGCAGUAAACCCCGGCCGGUCACGACUCUCCAAGCUCUCCAGCUCGACUGAGGCAGCCCCGUCUCCCGGUGCUUUCUCUUUCCUUCUUCCGGCUCCGACAGUGAAUUCCAGCCACCCUCAGGCCGCCACAGCCUCGCCUUUAAUGGCUGCCCCAUCUCAGGGUCAUUUGGUAGCUGAUCUGUCCCUGCCUUCCAGGAACUACCAGUAGCUGGGACCCUGAGUGGCCGGAGAACCCACCCCAGAGCCCUGGCAUCCGGGAGGUCCAGGGGCAGGGAGUAGCAGCCACUGAAAGUUUCAGAAAAAAGGUUUAUUGCAGGGUUAGUUUUUUAUAACCAGGCCUGAGGGCUGGAGGAGCGGCUCUUCCACUAGUCAGGGAGGGGGAGGCUCCCCAGCCCCCAGGUCUGCAGGGGCACCCCUGCAAGCUGAGGUCGAGGAGAGCACAGCCCCCGGGACCACCUCUCGACCCCUGAAAGCUGGAGCUGGACAAGGAGGGGGUCAGAAAGUGCCAGGACCUCAGGCUUUGGCUGCAGCAGAAACGGCCCCAGCAGACAGGCGGCCCUUCCCUGGGCCUGGCUGCCACGGGGUACGGGAAGCUACGGAGCUCUGCUUCCCAGUCCCUGCAGUCCAGGGAGACGCCCCGAAGGCGGAGGGGAUGGAUGCUGCGGCCCCUCCACCCCACAGACAGGGGCCUCUGCGGGCAGUGAGGGGCGCCCGGCCCCGGCCAGGGGAGUCCUGCCUUGGGUGUUUUUGCCGUCUGCUCCUUGGGGCUCCUCUCCCCACCUUCUCCUUUCUUGCUGGCUGCCCCCACAUUCUGUGCUGUGGGCCUGUGCUUUGAGGAUGGCGUCCCCAAACCCCGUGUGAGAAGCGGUGGCCAAGCUAGGGGCUGUUUCCAAUCACCUUCACUUGCAAGGGCCUCUCUCCUGUCCUGGGGCAGCCGUGAUGGAGGGCUAAUGUCCACAGAAGCUGAUUCUCUCCCGGCUCCGAGACUGCGAGCCAGGGAUCAUGGCGUCACAGGGCCACGCUCCCUCGGGAGGCUCAGGGAGGGGCCUUCCGGCCACCCCGGCUCCUGGCAGCCACGUGCCCACAACCCGUGGCGCCAACCCCGUCCUCGUGUGGCCUUCUCCAUCUGCGCCCCUGAGCGCCCAUCCUGUUGGCUCAAGGCCCCCUCAGCUCCCACAUGGCCUCGCGUUCCCUCUGCACUGGCCCCACUUCCAGGUAAGGCCACCUUUGGAGGCUGGGGGCUGGGACUUCAGCUCGUCUUUGGGGGACACAGCUCAGCCCCUCACACAGCCUCACGCCUUUCGGUCAGGUCUGCCAAGCCCCAUGCGCUGCCCUCUCCCGUGGUUCACGUCGGGGACACCGACCCUCAGCCGCCUGCCUUCGGGGUGGUCUCCUCUGGGCUGAGUUGGGUGGUCUCCUCCAGGAUGACUCUGCCGCCCUGGAUGGCCUGGGCAUGCCCCCCCGGGCCCCUCGCCCACUGCGCCCCGUGGGCGUCGAAACCAGCCUUUCUAUGCUGGGGAGGAAGUGGGUGCACUGGCAGCCCGACAGGUGAUCCCCUGGAAAGAGGCUUCUCCCUAAGCAGCCGCUGUGACCAGCUUCUUCCGUGUCCUUCCGGAAAGACUCCACCUCCGAUGUGCCCUGGUGCACUGACGUUUCCCCUACCGAUGGGCGCUGGGGCUGCAGGUGUGUGCUGGAAACACACCGCAUGGACGUCCUCCGGCUGCACACACGUCUCCAGCCAUCGGGCCUGGACGGGUCGGGACCCUGCUUGGCCACGCCGAGGACCAAAGCCACCUCCCCACGUGCUCACCGUCCGCCUUAGCCAGACGCUUGACCCCCUGCCCACGUCACCACAGCCUGGCUCUCCCAGGAGACUCUGGUCCCGGAGGAUAAAGUACAAAAGUCUUCAUGUUUCAUUCCAGACAUUCCAGACACGUCCCCAGAGAUCCACGACGCUUCAACAGAAUGACAGCUUACACCCCAAGGUGGGUUCCUCAGGGCCCCCGAAGAUCUGUCCCCCGGAAGCUGCAGAUGGACUUAAGUUAAGGGUCCUGGAUUAGUGUGGGCCCCAGAUCCUGGGACAAGUGUCCUGGUGAGAGAAGAGCAGUCGAGAGGACAGACUGAGAAGGCCGCGUGGGGCCGGAAGCCAUGUGGGGCCGGAGGCAGAGGUUGCAGGGGCGCGUCCACAAGCCCAGGGGCGUGGAGCACAGCUGGUGUCCCCAGAGGCCGGGCGAGGCCUUCAGCGGGAACCCACUGGGUGACACCUGGAGUUUGGAUUCCUGCUCCAGAGCUGAGGGAAUAAAUCUCUGUUGCUCUAA